CAUUUAUUUUUAUUAAUAGCCUACAGCCAUUCAUGUGCUGCCAUGACGGACGGAAGAACAUCAAAUAUUCUACGUGCUUGGCGAAUAAAAGAAAACAUGGAGGAAAUAUGCAAAGUAUAUGAGAUGAUCAGGGAAAAGAAACAAGAGCUAAUUUGGCUGACAGAGGAAAUUAACAGCUUGGUGAGAGGAACGGAACAUAUCAAUCAAGAGACAACAGUUGGAAAUUCACAACUAAUAUCAUUCGCCGGAGAUGUUUAUCUUCAGAAGAAAUACUUCGACAAUCUGAACAACUCUUCUAAUCAGCUGUCUCAAAUGAGACAAAAACUGCAUCACUUGUUACAGGUGACAAAUUCCGAUGUCGAUCUCUUGCUCAAGCAGAACACAAAGGAUUGUCAAAGAAGGCAGAAAGACAUCACAGCUCGAGCUUGUGCCAGCGAUAUUCCAGUGAUUGGUUCCCACAGAAUACUGAAAUCUCAGUCGGCUACGGUUCAAGCGGUUGUGACAGCUAAAACAGGAGUCAAGUCGGACACUGAACUGGUUCUCUCAAAACUAAAACAAUCUACAGGUGACUUGAAAGGUUUUUACGGAGAUACUACAGAUUUAGGCCUACUAGAAAAAGCAAAAAAGAAGAUAAGGAGAAGCCGCCGUUCAGAAAACGCCAAGGAAGGAUUCUUUCAGGACUUCAUACAACUAUUCUCUUGCAUACGCUGGACAUAUUUAGCACAAACCAUGGGCAUAUUUGUUUUCUGGCCAGAUUCCUGAUUCAUGGCGUUAUUAUUGAACACUCAUUUUCUGUGAUAUAUUUAAUCUAGGCCAUACACGAUUUCCUCAAAUACCAGCUCCUGAUACGGGAAACUAUCACUUAUUUACCGUUGAGGCUAGUUUGAGUUAAAAUUGAGAACAGUUGAAAUGUUUAUUUGGCAAAGAUAGAUGUUUCUUUUUAUAUUAAAUAUCUAGCUGUAAUUAUGUAUGUUAUUAUUACACUAGAAGCAAUUAAAGAGACUGAAACUUU